AACAGAAAAUCGAAAGGAAAAAAAAACACAUAUAUAUAAAAGAAAAAAGAACCGUAUUGAACACUAAAUUCCCCUUCUCGUCUCUUCCAUAUAGAAAAAACCGUAAAUUCAUAAAUAUAAAUUAUUAAAUUUCCCUCCCCUUCCUUUCUCAGUCAUUUGAUCCUCCUCAAAACGGCACCGUUCAGGCCAACCGGAGCCGUACGGUCGCCGGGAAUAAACCACGAUUCCUUCUUAAUCGGAACUCCACAAUCCCCGUUUUUAUCAGAUUAUGGAGCAAAAAUCGUUGAUUAUUUUGAUUAUUUUGACGUGUUUAAUUGCACCCUCUUGCGGUAGAGAAUUGCUGGUGACGCACAAGGAUAAACAGGCAGUCUACAAUCGUACGCUUGCCACUAUUUUAGUAGAAUAUGCAUCUGCGGUGUACAUGUCGGAUUUGACUGAACUUUUCACCUGGACAUGUGCAAGAUGUGGUGGUUUGACUAAGGGAUUUGAAGUUAUUGAGCUUGUCGUUGAUAUUCAGAACUGUUUACAGGGAUUUGUUGGAGUGGCAAAGGAUCUUAAUGCCAUUGUUAUUGCCUUUAGAGGAACGCAGGAUAACAGCAUCCAGAAUUGGGUUAAAGACUUAUUUUGGAAACAGCUUGAUUUAAAGUACCCUGGCAUGCCUAAUGCUAUGGUGCACCAUGGAUUUUAUACCGCUUAUCACAAUACAACCAUACGCCCUGGAAUUCUAUAUGCUGUUAAAAAAGCAAAAGAGUUUUAUGGGGACCUCGACAUCAUGGUUACAGGCCAUUCAAUGGGAGGCGCUAUGGCCUCCUUUUGUGCACUUGACCUAACGGUUAAUCAUGAAGCCAAGAAUGUUCAAGUUAUAACAUUUGGACAACCUCGUAUCGGGAAUGCCGCCUUUGCUUCUUAUUAUGGCAAACUCGUGCCGAACACAGUCAGAGUCACUAAUGAACAUGACAUCGUGCCUCAUCUGCCACCAUACUAUUCUUAUUUCCCUCAAAAGACAUACCAUCACUUUCCUAGAGAGGUGUGGCUGUAUAACCUCGGACUGGGAAGUGUGGUUUAUCAAUUUGAGAAGGUCUGUGAUGGUUCCGGCGAAGAUCCAGACUGCAGUAGGUCAGUGACCGGGAGCAGCAUCACAGACCAUUUGAACUAUUACGGUGUUGAUUUAACAUUCAUACGAUGGAGAUCCUGCAGAAUUGUGAUGGAUCCUCGUGUCGAAGAGUAUGGAAAAACAGAUGACAAAGGGAAUAUCGUAUUGUCAAGAGAUCCAGCCACGCUUGUUCCGAGAAUGAAUACUCUGUCAAACGGAAGGGAAGCUACAUAUAAUGCAUAGUCUUAACAGUUUGUGGUUUCUUCUUCAUUGAUUCCCACUUACAUAUUACUACGCCUUCCAUUCUUCCAUUGUAAAAACCAUUGAAAAUAGAUGAUUGUUUGAGUUCGUUCUUCGUUAUCCGAAGAAGAAACUCCCGGCUACUAAUAUUACAGAUUUCAGUUCGGAUUAUGAAGGAAGUUGUGUAAAUAACAAAGUGUACAUCUUUUUUUCUUUUACACAUAUGUAUAGUAAUGCCAGUUAAAAUUUGUUUACUCGAUCUUUAA